CGCGUAAUUCGUCUUCUCAGCUUAUUCAUUGUUCGCGGGAAACUGCUCACUUGUGGUUAAAAUACAGAUCUAAGUGCAGCGAUGUCUCUCUUCCACCAUGUUAUUGAUCGAGGACUUUCAAAAAGACGUAACGACCAUCGUCGGGGGCUUCCUCUGUCCUCUCUGUUGGAUGGAUUUCAAUGCACUCGACAGGAUGAACAUGUUUCAUAUGGAUCUUCAGCUGCUGCUGUGCCGCCGUUUGGAUGCACGUUUUGCUCUGCCCCCGGCCAGCAGAGCUGCCUAGCUAUUGCAAAUGAAGAAGGGCUUUUGUCUAUCUUAAAUGCAGGAGAAAAACAGAGCACUAUACUGAAAGAGUGGCAGGCACAUGAUAAUGCAGUUUUCGACAUUGCUUGGGUUCCUGGUGUGAGCAGCUUGGUGACCGCCUCGGGUGACCAGACAGCCCGUCUGUGGGAUGUGAUCACUGGCGACCUGCUGGGAACAUUUAAAGGUCAUCAGUGCAGUCUUAAAUCAGUGGCUUUCUCAAAGCAAGAGAGAGCUGUAUUUAGUACUGGUGGAAGGGAUGGGAACAUAAUGGUCUGGGAUACAAGAUGCAGCAAAAAAGAUGGUUUCUACAGGCAGGUAAAACAGAUCAGUGGUGCCCAUAUGAAACCUGAGAGACACACGCCUCAAACAAAGAAGAGGCGAGGAAUGGCGCCCCCUGUGGACUCCCAGCAGGGUGUAACAGUGGUUCUGUUCUGCGAUGAGAACAAGCUCAUCUCUUCAGGAGCAGUAGACGGGACCAUUAAAAUGUGGGAUUUGCGGAAGAACUACACUGCAUACUAUCACAAGCCUCUCCCUCUACAGGCCUAUCCUUACCCAGGCUCCUGUACACGCAAACUAGGUUAUUCUGGUCUUUCGCUGGACUCCACUGGCUCCAGGCUUUUCUCCAACUGCACAGAUGACAACAUCUACAUGUUCAAUAUCAGUGGUUUGAAAACAACUCCAGUUGCUGUAUUCAGUGGUCACAGUAACUCCUCGUUUUAUGUGAAGUCUAGUGUCAGCCCAGAUGACCAGUUCCUGGCUAGUGGCUCAAGUGACCAUCAUGCUUUCAUAUGGAAGAUUUUAGACCCAAAACAAGCUCCCUUGAUGCUUCAGGGUCAUAGCCAGGAAGUCACUUCAGUGGCCUGGUGCCCCACUGACUUUACCAAGAUUGCUUCUUGCUCUGAUGACAACACUGUUAGGAUCUGGCGCCUGAACUGCAGACUAGAAGGAGAAAACGCCGCAAACAGAGAUGCCAACAUUGUAGGCUGGACACUUCGUAAAAUCCGAUCACCAGCUAGAACACCCGACCCUCCCAGCCCUGUUCCACACACUCCCGCCAAAAGUCCCAGGUCAGAGAGGGCUGUCUCUCUGGCUUCACCCCAGCCUGCUGCUUGUGCACCCUCCGGUGCCGAUUUACCCCUCCCAUCAAACACAUCUGCACCUAUGGCCAAACUCAGCAGCCCCAAAAUCCCUUCAUCUAUCCAGCAGUGGAUCAGCCGCAGUUGUUCUCCAGGUAACCGUGACGCAUCUCCACCUCGUAAGGUGCUCCAACCUGUCGUCCAGGGUCCCUCCUCUGAACGGCGUGCCAAGCGACGACUGGAAACGGGUGAUGCUGCUGGAUCUGGUUUGGGCGAGGAGAAUGGAGUAUCUGAGUUGUAUUCGGAUAUGAAGAGGAGCAGGAGUUCGGUGAGCUCUCAGAACUGUUCUGAUGAGAAGAGCGACUUAUUCAGUUGGGAAACUGAAGAGAGGCGCUGCUCAACCGUUGAAGCUGGUAAAGAGAACAGCUCUCCAAGAAGGACUGAUUGGUUGUCCGUGAUCAGCCAGAGACUUAAAGGAUCAGCUCAGCCCAAAAGUCCCAACAGCAUCAGCAAACGACAGGAUGCUAGAAUACACUGCUCCCCAGCAGCAGUCUCUCCACUUCCCACGAGAGUCGUCUCCCCUCCAUCAGCCCAGAAAACGUCACCUUCCAGACCUAUGAUAAAAAUCUCUAGCUACUUUAUGAAAAGGACACAAGACUGAUCAUUAUUUGAUCAUCAGACAAUCCUGCUGAGAACUCUGAUGUUUUAUGACAAAAAUGUAUAGUUUAAAUUCCAUCCCAUGUUUCCUUGAAAUAUGUGGCCUGUAUUUAUGUAUGUGAUGCUUAGAUUUUUAUCUAGUUGUAUGUUUUUAAAUAUGUUUCUUUUAAGAGAGGGAUCAAAGUGAUGGACAAUGUGAACAUCGGAGAACUGUCAUUUUGACACUGCAAUUAAACUCUACAAAAGCUUCCAUGGCUUAUUGUAAUGUUUUCAAUAUGCAGUUAACUUGCUGCUAGAGCUUUACACUGUUUAACUCGCAUUUUAAAGCAGUUGCAUCAAUAAUUUAAGGUCUUCCCUCAAUUUGAUGAACAUAGUGUUUGUACAUCCAAAUCUGUAAUGCUCUUUAUUUGUGCUCGUCUCAACUUAAACAUGGGUGACAUGCUUUUCAGAUUUCUACAUUGAUUUUAAAGCAGCACUUUACAUAACUAAUCCAUAUACAGUUAGCUCAGUGCUUUUGAAAUAUUGAAGAACUGCAAACUGCAGUGAGUUCCAAAAUUUUGUAUACAAGUUUAUUUUUAACUCUAUGCUCUUUACUUUAGGAUCUGCUGCUUUGAGCAGACUACAUGCUGUACCAUAAAUGUAUAUAUUAUUAUUAUUAUUUUUUUUUUUUAAGUUUGUUUGACUGCAAACUUGUCUGGAAUCUGACCUGAUAAUUCUGCUUCCAUAUUUGUUGUAAAACAUGCACAUUCAACGUUUGUGGAUAUUUAUGUACUAUUUUGUGUGCGUUUAAGGAUGCAGUUGUAACCUCUUUCGCUUGUUGUGUAUUUCCCGACAAUCCAUUAAAACACGA